CCUAGGAAUUCUGGGUAAUACGCUGAGACAUCAGCUGCAGCCAUAGCAAUAGUUGCAACAUGUCUUGGCUAAGAUAUAGUUUUGCAGUCUUUCUGUAUUUAUUACAAUGUACAGAUGCUGUAUUUGAAGACCAAGUGGGAAAGUUUGAUUGGAGACAGCAGUACGUGGGCAAUGUGCGUUUCGCCUUCUUUGAUACCCAUUCACAAGCGUCCAAGAAGCUUUUGGUCGCAACAGAGAAGAAUAUAUUUGCAUCGUUGAAUUCCAGGACUGGAGAAUUAUUUUGGAGGCAUGUGGAUAAAACAGGACCAGAGGGAAACAUCGACGCUCUUCUUGUUCAUGGGCAAGAUGCUGUUGUGGUGGUGGGAGAUGGACGUGUACUUCGCUGCUGGGAGACCAAUAUUGGUGGGCUGAACUGGGAAGUUCUGCUGGACACUGGAAGUUUUCAGUCAGCAGCAUUUAUUGGUGUGCAAGACUUUGUCAAAUAUGUAGCUGUACUCAAGAAAUCAGCUAUUUCUCUCCACUACCUCUCCAAUGGUCACCAGAAAUGGGUGGAAAACCUUCCUGACAGUGACACAGUUCAGUAUCAAACAGUAUACUCAGGAGGUCAGGGAGAAGUCUUGGUUCUGGGCCUAGUUCCUAACUCCCACAUAGUCAUUGUGUCAUAUAACAUUGAAGAUGGAGAAAUUAUGGAACAGAUGUCUGUGGAAGCCCCAUGGAUGUCCAGCUUGGAGGAGAGUUGUGUGGUAGUAGGAAGAGGUAUCCUGUUAUGUAUCGACCCCAUCACCCUCUCCCUCUACACCCUGCCUCUGAAUUUGGAAGAGAAGGCUGAGAUGAACCAGAUCCUCUUACAGUCUCUGGACCUGGAAGUGUCCUCAGGUUUCCAGCCUCUGCUGACCGCCACCCAGCCCAACCCCGCACGGCCCCCCCUCACUGCCUUCUUCCUGCAGCUGGGCCCCGAGCACCACAUCCUGCUCGAUCUCAGUGAUGGCAUCAUCACUGCCCUCAGGGACUUCAAACCUUCACGGCUGGCGACGUUUGCCACUACCGGUGAGAAGACAGUAGUUGGAGUCAUGGCGCCCAAAAACGAAACUGCUUGCAGUAUCAACCUCUUCACUGUGGACACGGGCCGGAGACUGUUAGACACCACUGUCAUCUACCACUUGGACCCAAGUGGCGGGAAGCCAAAUAAACUGCACAUCCAGGCCUUCUUGAAAAAGGAUGACUCUGUGGGCUACAGAGCCAUGGUGCAGACAGAGGACUUUGCUCUCACCUUCCUACAGCAGCCUGGGCGGGUGGUCUGGUCAAGGGAGGAGGCACUGGCUGAUGUGAUUACCAUGGAGAUGGUUGAUUUGCCACUGACAGGAACCCAAGCUGAGCUGGAGGGAGAGUUUGGAAAGAAAGCUGCCAUUCAAGAUGGUCUGUUUGCCAUGGUGCUGAAGCGCUUGUCCUCCCAGCUCAUCCUGCUGCAGACAACGAUUGGUCACCUGUGGAAGCUCUUCUACGACGCCCGCAAGCCCCGCAGCCAAGUCAAGAACGAGGUCACCUUUGAGACGUUGUCCCGGGAUGAGUUCAACCUGCAGAAGAUGAUGGUGAUGGUGACCGCUUCAGGAAAGCUCUUUGGCAUCGACAGCAAAUCUGGAAGUAUCCUGUGGAAGCACUACCUGGAGAACAUCCAGCCGGACUCAGCCUUUAAUCUGAUGGUGCAGAGGACCACUGCACACUUCCCUCACCCACCUCAGUGCACUCUGCUAGUCAAGGAUAAGGAGACCGGCCUGGCAUCUCUCCAUGUGUUCAAUCCCAUUUUUGGGAAGAAGAGUCACAUUAGCGUGCCGGCUUUGCCACGACCAAUACUUCAGACUCUGCUAUUGCCAUUGAUGGAUCAGGACUAUGGUAAAAUCCUACUGCUCAUUGAUGACCAAUACAAGGUCACAGCCUUCCCGUCCAAUAAGAAUGUGCUGCAGCAGCUUCAGGAGUCUGCCUCCUCCAUAUAUUUCUACCUGGUGGACUCGAGCCAGGGAAGACUUUCUGGCUUCCGCCUCCGCAAGGAUCUGUCCUCUGAGUUGAUCUGGGAGGUGGUCAUCCCCGUAGAAGUGCAGAAGAUAGUGGAGGUGAAAGGCAAGCGGCCCAAUGAGCAUGUGCAUUCCCAGGGUCGCGUCAUGGGAGACCGCAGUGUGCUCUACAAGUAUUUGAACCCCAACCUCCUGGCGGUUGUGACGGAGAGCACAGACACCCACCAGGAGCGCAGCUUUGUGGGGAUCGUCCUGAUUGACGGCGUGACGGGCCGCAUCAUCCAUGAUGCCGUGCAGAAGAAGGCCAAAGGCCCCGUCCACUUUGUGCACUCUGAGAACUGGGUGGUGUAUGAGUACUGGAACGUAAAGUCUCGCAGGAUUGAGUUCUCUGUCUUGGAGCUGUUUGAGGGAAUGGAACUGUACAACAGUACCGUGUUCAGCUCCCUGGACCGGCCUCACCCUCCUCAGGUGCUGCAGCAGUCCUAUAUCUUCCCCUCCCCCAUCAGUACUCUAGAGGCCACGCUCACAGAGAAGGGCAUCACCAGCCGACACCUGCUGGUGGGGCUUCCAUCAGGGGCUAUUCUGUCCUUACCAAAGAUGUUCCUGGACCCAAGGAGACCAGAAAUGGUUUCUGACCAAAGCAGGGAGGAGAAUCUGAUUCCUUAUGCACCAGAAUUGCCCAUUCGAGCUGAGUGGUUUAUCAACUACAACCAAACUGUAGCAAGAGUAAGAGGAAUAUACACUGCCCCUUCUGGUCUGGAGUCUACAUGUCUGGUGGUGGCAUAUGGCCUGGAUAUCUACCAGACUCGUGUAUACCCCUCUAAACAGUUUGAUGUACUCAAGGAUGACUAUGACUAUGUACUGAUUAGCAGCGUGCUGCUCGGACUCUUCUUCGCCACCAUGAUCAGCAAGAGACUUGCAGAGGUGAAAUUGCUGAAUCGUGCAUGGCGGUAAAGAUGGCCGCCACCCUAGGCACUGCAACCAGGCAGCCAACCCCCUGUCUUUAUGUGGCCAAUGCCAGGAGACCAACAGAAGCCUGCCUUACCCUGAAAGAAGGAUUAUGUCUUGAUUGUGAAGCAAAGCUCCCUUGAGGAAAUCCUGGAUUUGGAAGGAUAACUGUGAUGGUUAUACCUGUUUGAGGAACCCACUUUACCCCUUAUGUCAGUCCAUGGUUCAUUGUUUUUUUUCCACCUCAUUCAUACAGCCAACAUUGAUGUCACCUUCAUGUGUCUUAUGCCUUUCGAGGUACACUAUUCUGUGGGGACACAAUUGUGAAAUUCACUUCAGAAAUGAAGUAGUUUCUUAAUAGAAUGAGUGAAAUGAGACUAACUUACAUCAUAUAGAAUUGUACAAAUAGUAUAGACAAUGCAGUUGGAGCUCCUCCAGAUUCUGGGGUGUAGAAUUAAGGAUUUUUUUUUCUUUUUUUUUUUCAGUGUGUUGUUUUUUUUACACAAUGCUUAUUUUGUCCAUUGCGUUCUUUUAUGGAGCUAGGGAGAGAGAUACAGCCAGGGGUGAACAUAAACCUGUUGAGAAAGCCAUCUUGAAUUGGUAUUUAUGUUUGUUUUUCUUUGUUUUAUUUUUUGUUUGUAAGAUGUUGUUAUAAUUUUUUUUUAAGGAUGUGAAAUUAGUUAGUAAUUGAAAGUAAUUAGUCUUGACCUUUUGGUCUGAUGCACUGGAUGUAUUAUCUUUCUUAAAAACUGUUAUGCUUUUUCCUCUGAAACAUCUUUGUGUGUGUAAAUAGUAUUUAUGAUGCUUUUAAGAUCUCCUGAAAGGUACAAAAAUGGCACACACACACAAGAUUGUCAGCAGUGAUCACUUUGUGUGUUUAAUUAAUUUAUAAUCUUGGUAAAGUGUUGAAAAGAAGUUGCUAAAAUCACUAAUGAAAAUUCCUUUUAUAAAUUGAAUUAAUUUGAAAGCAAAAUUAGGUAAAUAUUCAUGUUUUCCCUAACUUGAUAUUAAAAUAUUUUGAACCUAUUGUAAAUCACACUUUGUUGCUGAAAAGACAUAAGCGAAAAAAUAAAGUUACAUUUUACCCUGAAA